GUCACCCCUAAUCGCGGCAAGAGAGCACCACACGUUCACCCAAGCAACGGACGGUCCAGAUCGGCCCAGCGAAGACCCCGACGGGUUCCUCUCAUCACGAUUCGCGCGGGGUCGUUCAAACCGGAGGAACGGACGGGUGGAUCCUGGCCCCCCCCACCCCCACCCCACCUCCACCCAUAAAGUCCUCGACCCUUCACGCCAUCCUUUUUUCUCCAUCCCUCUCGCUCUUGUUUUUUCUUCUUCCCUCUUGCUUUGAAGCGUUUUCUAGGGUUCGAAGGAUUUCGCCAAUGUCGACGGAGAAGGAGAGGGAGCGCCAUGUCUACUUGGCGAAGCUUGCGGAGCAAGCCGAGCGCUACGAUGAAAUGGUCGAAAGUAUGAAGAAUGUUGCCAGGCUUGAUGUGGAGCUGACAGUUGAGGAGAGAAACCUCCUCUCAGUGGGUUAUAAAAAUGUUAUUGGGGCUCGCCGAGCAUCAUGGCGCAUCAUGUCAUCAAUCGAGCAGAAAGAGGAGUCAAAAGGAAAUGAACAAAAUGUUAAGCUAAUUAAAAAUUAUUGUCAAAAGGUGGAAGAAGAACUCACUAGGAUAUGCAAUGAUAUAUUGAGUAUAAUAGAUCAGCACCUGAUUCCAUCUUCCAGCUCCGUUGAGUCGACAGUUUUCUACUAUAAGAUGAAGGGUGAUUAUUACCGUUAUCUUGCAGAGUUUAAGACUGACCAAGAAAGAAAAGAAGCAGCUGAUCAGUCUUUGAAGGGCUAUCAGGCUGCCUCUAACACGGCCAACACAGAUCUGCCCCCGACCCAUCCAAUCCGUCUUGGUCUUGCACUGAACUUCUCAGUUUUUUAUUAUGAAAUUAUGAAUUCCCCUGAAAGGGCAUGUCAUUUGGCAAAACAAGCUUUUGAUGAGGCGAUUGCAGAACUGGAUAGUUUAAGCGAAGAAUCAUACAAGGAUAGCACAUUAAUUAUGCAGUUGUUGAGGGACAAUCUUACCCUUUGGACUUCUGAUUUACCUGAGGAUGGAGGUGAUGAUGGUUUGAAGGGUGAUGAGGCUAAACCGGCUGCCGAGCCUGAGAACUAAUGGUGAUGCUCAUGUUCUGCAAAAUUGGGUCUGUCUUAUACUUGGCAGCCAUGAGGUAUCGGUAUUCACAAGGGGGCUCUUUGGUUGAAUGGGAGUUGUUCCAUUAGAUGUCAAACUAUGGAUCUCUUUCUUAAAAGGGGUUUUAUAUUUUCUGUUUUAUAUCAUGAUAGGAGAAGGCCAGUCUGCUGUCUUCCUGAUCUUCCUUCCUUUUUUGUCCCCCUUUUUUAUUAUGAUGAAGCAUCGUAUGGUGGUCUGUAUUAUGUUUGAACAGAUGCAGUUGGUGGUGGACUGGCAGUGGUGGUGUUGCUUUGUGUUGUUUCCUUUGUUUCAUUUAUUUUCCUAAAUGUUUCUGAAUUAUCUGCUGAAUCAACUUGUAUCUCUUUUUACAGAACUAUAUAAUUUUCUAAAUUGCUGUUUUCCAGUAUAUUUAAUCCAAAUUCUAGGUUGCAAGGCUU